AUGUCUGCCCAGUCCCGUCUCAACGCCGUCGCUGGCCAGCUCGCUUCCGCCCCCAAGGGCAUCCUCGCCGGCCAGGUUGCCAUCGUCACCGGCGCCGCCCAAGGCAUCGGUCGCUCGUGCGCCAUCAUCUUUGCCCAGGAGGGGGCCAAGGUCGUCGUCUCGGACCUCGACGAGGCCAAGGCCAAGCUCGUCGUCGAUGAGAUCAAGAAGGCCGGCGGCGAGGCCAUCGCCGUCGGCGGCGACGUGACGGCCCAGGACUUCCCCAAGAAGCUCGUCGGCGCAACCAUCGAGGCGUACGGCGGCAUCAACAUUCUCGUCAACAUGGCCGGCUUCACCGCAGACCGCAUGCUCCACACGACGCCCGACGACAUGUUCGAGCUCAUGCUCAAGGUGCACAACACUGCGCCGUUCCGCCUCAUCAAGGAGAUCGCGCCGUACAUGCGCUCCAAGGACCCCAAGUCGCGCGACACGAACAAGAGCAUCAUCAACAUCUCGUCGACCUCGGGCAUUCACGGCAACGUCGGCCAGGCCAACUACGCGACGGCCAAGGCGGGCAUCGUCGGCCUGACCAAGACCGUCGCAAAGGAGUGGGGUCCUUUCGGCGUGCGCUGCAACACCGUCGCGUUCGGCUACAUCACGACUCGCCUGACGCAGGCAAAGGAGCUCGGCGAGACGAUCGAGGUCAACGGCAAGAAGAUCCCGCUCGGGAUCCCCGGUCGCGGCAACAACGCCCAGACCGACUCGGACCGCGUGCCCGACAUCCCGCUCGGGCGCGCCGGCUCGCCCGACGAGGCCGCAAAGGCGUGCCUGUUCCUCGCGUGCGAGAUGUCGAGCUAUAUCAGCGGGCACACGCUCGAGGUGACGGGUGGUCGUGGUUCCUCCUUCCUCGGCACCCUCGGCGCCUCGGCAUGA